GGCUACGCUCUGUCCUUUUCAGCUCCAUUUAUCUGGUGUCCAAGUUCUCUCCACUAAUUUCCUUACACAUUCAAUGUUCACAUUUCACACGUAUAAUUCCAUGUCUACAUUUCUAUAUAUACAUGGAAUAAUUCGAUCAAAGUGCAAUCCAUUUAUUUGAAAAGACAUGGAAGCCAUUGGAGAUAUCUUGGUGCUCCCAUUUUACGGUCAAGGUCAUCUCUUCCCCUGCAUGGAACUCUGCAAAAAGUUGACAUCUUUCAACUUUAAAGUCACCCUUAUCAUCCCCUCCCACCUCUCCUCCUCCAUUCCACCACAUCUUCGUCAUCAUUCUUUAAUUCAAGUAGUUGAGAUUUCAGCUACAUCAACUCCACCAUUACCACACAAGGCAAUAGAAUUACCAGCUUUGCCACCAAAACAAAAAGGAGGACAUGGUUUCAUGCAUGGGCCCUUUUCGCAUCACCAUCAGCAGUUAGGACAGGGGAUGGAUAUCUUCCUAUCGGAGCGAUGCGAUGGGACAGGUCUGGCCCGACCUAUAUGUGCAGUGGUGGACGUCAUGAUGAGCUGGAGUAAGGAAAUUUUCUUGAAAUAUGACAUACCCUUUAUCUCUUUCUUCACUUCUGGUGCAUGUGCUGCUGCAAUGGAGUUUGCAGCCUGGAAGAGCCAUGCGGAUGAGAUGAAACCAGGUGAGAUUCGGAUUCUUCCCGGGUUGCCUGAAAGUAUGGCUCUGAGUUACUCUGAUGUCAAGCGAAACCGCCAUGGACCAGGUCAUCAUAGUGGUGGUGGUCCAAAUAGACAGAAUGAACCAUCAGGACCACCAGGUGGGGUAGAAGAUGGGCCUCCAAAACCAGGUCAAAAGCCACGAUGGUUGGAUGAGGUAGAGGGUUCUAUUGCGUUGUUGAUCAAUACCUGUCAUGAUCUUGAGGGUCCAUUCAUUGAUUAUGUAGCCAACCAAAUUGAAACGCCAAUAUGGGGUGUAGGCCCGUUGUUGCCAGAAACGUAUUGGAUAUCAACUAGUUCAAUACUACGUGAUCAUGAAGUCAGGUCAAACCGACAGUCCAAUUUUACAGAAGAAGAGGUGAUGCAAUGGUUGAACUCAAAACCUCGGGGAUCAGUGAUUUAUGUGUCCUUUGGUAGUGAAGUUGGACCUAGCUUGGUAGAAUAUGCUCAACUGGCUGAUGCAUUAGAGGCAUCAAACCAUCCUUUUAUUUGGGUUAUUCAGGCCGGUUCAGGUCGACCCGGUCCACCUCCAGGUCUCUUUGGAGACGGUCAACAAGAAGAAGGAUACUACCCACAUGGGUUGGAUGAAAGAAUAGGGAAUAAAGGAUUGAUAAUAAAGGGAUGGGCACCACAGUUGUUGAUUCUAAGUCAUCCUUCAACUGGUGGGUUUCUAUCGCAUUGUGGAUUGAACUCAACAAUGGAAGCAAUAGGACGUGGCGUCCCAAUUUUGGCAUGGCCAAUCAGGGGUGACCAAUUCCAUGAUGCCAAAUUGGUAGCAAAUUACUUGAAAAUGGGACAUAUGAUUUUACUCGGUGAUGACCCCGGAGAGAUGGUGAAGAAAGAUGACAUAGUUCAAGGAAUUGACAAGAUGAUGAAAGAUGAAGGGGUUCAUAAGCAAGCAAUGGCAUUAAGAUCCAUAUUCCAGAGUGGUUAUCCAGAUAGUUCAAUGUGCUCUUUGAAGUCAUUUAUUCAGCUCAUAAGCAAAUAAUGUGGAAAACUACAUGAUUGGACAGCGCUUCCGUUACCAAAUAGAACAGAGAGAAGCCCACAAUAGAUACAGCUGAGUAAAGGGAAAUAUCCGAAUCCCAGUUAUUAGCAUUUUGGUAAUGCAUGAGACUAUUAGUUGGACUUGACGACAGUAUAGAGGUUAGACAAUCUCCGUAAUAAAUGAACAAGUUUGUGAUCCUCCAUACAUGUUUUGUUUCACCUACGUGAUUAUACAAGAUAAGAAGCCUACUAAGUUUGAAAAAAUAAAAAAGAGGCAAGACCAGGAAAAAAGUGUCACAGCGAUCCUUUCAUUUUAUUUUUAUUUUUUGUUUUCCCUCAAGGGGAACUAUUUUCCUUAA